AUGAUUCCCUUCAUAUCUCUGUAUUUCGUGUCCUCGCUAUGGAUUGCAAACUGUCAAAAAAUAAUUAGAGUCAACUCCUAUGACUCCCUUGUGUCCAGCCUAGCAAAUGGAGCAGAUGUAAGAUACUUUUUUAACAUUUCAAUGUGCAUGGGUUCCUCUACGACAACAAAACAAGAUAUUCCUGUAUUCGGCGGUGACGUAAAAAUGUUUGUAGCUUCUAAAAAUUCAGAUAUGGAUACUGGAGAAACGAUAUUUAGCCAAGCACGAUACAUAGACGACAAAACAAUUGAUUUAAAUGAAGAAAUUCAAACAAUAUGGAUCAUCAAUGAUACAGCUCUGAUAUUUUGGGGGAGACCUGGCUUUUUUGUGAAUAACACCGCAGAUAUCGAUGGGAUGUAUUGUAAUUGGACACGAGGAGAGGGAAACAUAUGGAUCAAGAAACAUACAGAUGAAAAGCAACUGACAUCAUUCAAAGAAAUUCAUACCGUGCUUACUUCCGGUGGAGAGGUACGUUGGGUUGCAAACCUCGCAGGAUGUAAAUGCCCACCAGCACCUGACGACUGUAAUGACGCAUCAAUUGGUGAUACCAUCAAAGAUUUUAAAAUCAUGACUGAUGGAUCGAUAAGUUUCUCAACAUCGAUGACCUUUUAUUUACCACUGUCGGUGCAAUAUGUCCGAUUGAUUACAUUUGGCCAUAUUUAUGAGAACAACACUGCUAAUUUCAUGGUAUCUUACUUAGAUCCUACUACAUGGAAAGACGAAGAAAACGACAUGAUACAGUGUCCUAUAGCUCCCGGUCCCUCUGUUGUUGGAGCUAAUUUUUUCUACCACUAG